AUGAAAAAUAAAGGGUCUUCGGAUCGACAACUUAUUGUCGAAACUGCUUAUUACGGUAAGAAAGACUCACAGCAAUCUGACUUGUUACGCCCAGCGAAAUCAACCGAAACGACUCAAAAGCCCAAAAAGAAAAAACGAUCACCAAAUAUAACUGAAGGAAUGUCGCUUGCAGAGAUAUUUGCUGCUAAUGUAGCUAGUGCUGUUGAUGCCGAAGCUGAAUUGGACGAAGACGAAGACUUUAUAUAUGGGGACAUAGGACACACAUCAUCAAUAACGAAUCUCAAUAGUGAUGAUGGUGGUGGUGUUGGCAGUUCAGGUACAAUUAGUAAUAAUGGAAUAAAUCAACCAUCACCACCACCAACCUUCACAUAUUCAUACAUGCCACCAGAUCCUCAUAAAAAUUACGGAUACCCACCAAAUCAUUAUUCUACUCAUUAUCAAUUUCCAGGAUUAUAUAUGGCAGCAUCAAUGCCAAAUUCAAGUCAAACAAUUGAUGGCGGUAAUAAUAAUAAAAAAGGAUCAUCACCAAAUAAUCUACUUUCUCCAUCACAUAAACCGACUGGUGUGAUGCGUGCUUCGUUACCUGAUAUGUCGCGGUAUUCGAAUUACGGGGCAACCGGUUAUUACUAUAAUGACCCAUUUUAUCAUGACUGGUAUGGUGUGGAAGAUGGUGAACGGUUACCGUUGUUUGCUAGGUGGAGACCACCUUAUGAAGAUCAGAGAAGGACUUGUUGCACAUCGGCAAUUUUCUCUUUAACAACAUUUUUAGUAUUUUCGAUCGUCGCCUUCUGCUAUUUAAUAUACUUUGCUUCAUCACAACCACUGACUGAGGUUGCGAUCAUCGAUAUUGCCAAUAUACUAAUGACAGACAAAGAAAUAAUAUUUGAUAUGUAUGUGAAAGGACGGAAUCUCGAUAUUUGGGAUGUGAAAAUUAUGGAUGCGGAUCUUCAGGUUUUUGCGAUGCCUUAUCAAAUUGGUGGAUUCCCGGAACAACGCCCAGAGGAUGGUGAUGAUGAUGACAAUCAUAUAAAUAAAGACAGUAGUAUUUCUACUAUUACCUCUACAUUAGAUAAUGACAUUAAAGGUCCUAUUGAGAACUCCACGAAUAGUAAAAACAGUAGUAAAAGAAGUAAUAGACGAAUAAUUAAUUUUGAUGAACCUUUGGUGUUCCAAGCAAACGCUAAUCGUACUGGUGUGCUGCAAAUAGCUAUUGCCCAAGUCACCUUAAAGAAUCCGAGUAGUAAAGGUGAUCAAGAAGCACAAGAUAAAUGGUCUCAUUUACUACAUCAAGGAUUUCGAUUAUCUGUUCGCGGUAUACUAAAGUACUCUUUACCGUUUUCAAAGGAUCAAGUGGUUCGAGUAUGCUAUGUACGACGGGUGGAAGGGUCUGAGACACGUAAUGAUGAUAAUGGUGAUUCUAUACCUCAGACUUUAUUAUUUUUAUCAAAGAAAAACAUUGGGUUCCAUGACGAUUAUUAUUAUAUGAUGGGUGUGUGUGAAGAACGGGAAGAGUCGGAAAAUUAA